GCUCUCCGCUGACAGGGGCAGGCGAGCGGGAAAGAGGGCGCCGGCCGUGCCUGGCCCCAGCGCUUCUACCCUCGCCUUCCUCGGGCCGCCCGGCUCGGCUCCUCGCGCCUCGCCAUGUCGGACACGCGCGGCGCCAGUGACACCCGUCCCGACGACACCGGCGUCGAGAAACAGGACACGCAGGAGAAGGAAACGGGCAUCCCUGAGAGAGAAGAGGAGGCCAAAUUAAAAGCCAAAUAUCCCAACAUAGGACUUCAGAAGCCGGGCGGAUCUGACUUCUUAAUGAAGAGGCUGCAGAAAGGGCAAAAGUACUUCGACUCUGGAGAUUACAACAUGGCCAAAGCCAAAAUCAAGAACAAGCAGCUGCCAACGGCGGGUACCGACAAUAACCUGGUGACCGGCGACCACAUCCCCACCCCCCAGGAUCUGCCCCAGAGGAAAUCGUCCCUCGUCACCAGCAAGCUGGCAGGGUAAACCUGCUCUCCUGAAGGGAUCUUUCUCUCUCUCCCCGCCCCCC